UGCAUUAGUUACGUUAAUUAUAUCAAGAAAAUAGCUCAUAUAACGUGAACAAUCCAUGACAUUAUUCUUAAAAUCUAUCGAAAGAAAUUAUCUUAUAUUCGUGUUGCGUACGAUUGUCAUUUAAUGCACGUACAUACAUAAAUUCUUAAAGUCACUAUGCAUAUAGUUAAUUUAAACUUUCAAACGCUACAAAGAAAUACGCGUUUAAUAUCACAGCUUUCUUGAGGAAAAGUAAAUAUCCUUUAAUUCGUAAAUUGUUCUGGGGUUUUCUGUAUUUCUGGACAAGAAGUAGCUUCAUCAGCGACACCAGCCAUAUUUCGUAUGCCAACAAUGGCUAUGCAGAAGAUGAGAAGACAAGGUCAAGACGUCAUGCAGGUGAAUUUGGCAGGUAUCAGGCGAGACAUUGUUAAUCUCGCUCAUAAUUAUAGUAAUGCACAGAAAGCUGUACGAAAAGCCACCAGCAAUGAUCCCUGGGGUCCAAGCAGUACGCUUAUGGCAGAAAUUGCUGAUCUAACUUACAAUGUUGUUGCUUUUACCGAAAUUAUGCAAAUGUUAUGGAAGAGAUUAAAUGAUCAUGGAAAAAAUUGGCGACAUGUGUACAAAGCUUUAGUUCUUUUAGAGUACCUUAUUAAAACAGGCACAGAAAAAGUAGCACAGCAAUGUAAAGAAAAUAUUUUUGCCAUUCAAACGUUGAAAGAUUUCCAAUAUAUGGAAGGAUCUAAGGAUCAGGGAGUGAACGUCCGGGAGAAAGCGAAGCAACUAGUGGCCUUAUUAAAAGAUGACGAAAGAUUAAGGAAUGAAAGAGCUAGAGCACUAAAAGCAAAAGAAAGAUUUGCACAAUCAGUUAGUGGAUUUGGUAGCGAUGGAUUAGAUACUAUGUCGCCUGUAAGCAGUGAUUUUCAGGAUUGGGAACCGUGUCGUUUAGGAUCCGAAUCUACAGCCAGGCGUACAAGUAAACCCGAAUUGGAAGCUGCAAGACCACAAACGGUCGGGGAAGAAGAAUUGCAGUUACAAUUAGCUCUUGCAAUGUCAAGAGAAGAAGCAGAACAGGAAGAACAAAGAAGGCGUAGCGAUGAUGUUAGAUUGCAGUUAGCUCUUAGUCAAAGUCAACAGGAUUUUAAAGCUCCACAAACUGAGAAACAAAGUCAUAUGCUAGAUCUGUUGGAUGUGAAUUUGGAAGAAGCAUGCGGAUAUAAUGUAAAAACUGAUCCUUGGGGUAUACCGAUUACAGCACCUCCGCCCAGACCGCAGUCUUUGGAUUUAUCUCAUUUUUAUACGUAUAAGCAACAGAACGAUCCAUGGAGUGCUCCUACAACAAGUAGUACAUCACCUGCGAUUGAUCCAUGGACUCCUGUCCCGCCGCAAAGACCAACUGCUGCGAUUGAUCCAUGGAGAGCACCUCCUUCAUCGCCUGUGACCGUUACAUCUUCACCUAGUACAGAUCCUUGGUCUCCAAUACCUUCUGCUACUACAGUUGCUACCACUAUCGAAGCUGAUGCAAACAAAAAACAGGCUGGCCGAGAAGGUAUAACAUCUACUUCUCCAGCUUUUAACAAUUCCACUUUAACGCAGAAUAUCGGUUUUGCUGCACAGUCGCCGCAAAACAUCGGCUUUAAUUUGCCUACUACUUCAAGUGCUACUUUCAAUACUAGCAACGGCUUCAAUGGUACUGGGCCUAGUCUUAACAAUUUCUCCAUUGGAAAUCAGAACAGUUCUGCAGCCAGUCCGCUGAACGAUUUAGACGAAUUUGAUAUAAUUACUAACAGAAAUAAGCCUGGAUCUAGUCUUGAAACGGCAAACAAUGGAGGUACGUUAUCACCAGAUCCAUUCGAUUUGGGUAGUAUAGCUGAUAAUCUUCCAACAAGUACGGGAGCCGUUAAGAAAACACCGCAAUCGUUCCUCGGAGAGAAUUCUGCUCUUGUUAAUCUCGAUAAUCUCGUCAGCACGUCUGCAAUCAAACCGACAACACCUACACCAGCAGCGGCCAUCACAUAUUCAGCAAAUCCGUUCGCGGCGGCAACACCACCACCCCGUCCUACAAUCAAUCAGAUUCGACAGGACCCUUGGGCAGCGAAUACGACUACCACAGCAAAUCCGUUCCUCUCGUAGCUCGAUGAUCAUUUCAAAAUCUCAGUCGAAAGUCAAGAGCACUGUGGUUUGAAAAGUAUUCGAAGUUUUUAGCGGCAACCCUGUACGGUAUAAGUUUCUUGCUCGUUAUGAAAUAAUUUAACUUCAAGAUAUAAAUGAGAAAUGAACGAUAAUCAUCAUCUUGUUAAAACCAGGUAUUUAUUACGCUCGUUUUAGCUAUUUAAAGAAACGAUUAAAACGAUUUUCAUUAAAAACUGAUCCGAGUAAGAACGUCUAUGACCUUAAGCAAAAAAUGGAAAGAAGUGUGAGGAAAUAUAUUACGAAAAUUUGAAUAGAUAAAUUUUAUCAAUCAUAUUUGCUUCUAAGCAAUGACUAAAAAGUGUUUUACCCGUUCCUAUUUUCUCUUUUGUUUAUUCACAGUAGAGUUUUGCUAUAUGGUCUUGAACGGGGUUGUUCUACAGAAAAUGUUUAAAUUAAAAAAUGUCUAAAUUCCUAAAUUUGAGAGUUCGCCGUUAGUGUGCAUGAAAGUUCAUAUGAAAAAGAAUUGGCAGGAAGAUCGUACGAAAAAGAGUCGUAUAGUAAAACUGUACUCUAUAUAAAAAUGUUUAUGUCUAUUGUCAUUUAGUUAUUCUUAUUUUAUUGCGCGUACUAAUAACUAACGAGGAACUAUCUUAAGAGAGGCAAUACAUAGUAAAUCAAAUGGAAAAAAAAAAAA